AUGGAUGAUCAACACUCGACUAAGAUGCCCAAACCAUUCGAUCAUGAUCAAGAAAUGAGUGCAUCAAGUACCGACAAUAAUCAACCGCGUUUUGACUUUCGAGAUGACGAUCGCUUAAAACAAGAAGAGGAUUAUCGACAAGAAUUAUUGAAAGUGCAAGAUGAAAUCAUCACCUUACGUCAAGUGCUUGGAGCGAAGUUAAAACGCGAAAGUGAAUUGAAAACUUUAUUGGGCGUCGGAUUUGUCGAUGAUCUCAAACAAGAUUGGAAUGAAACUGUUCAUGACAUCAAAGCAACAACAGCUUAUCAAAAAACGGCCGAAACAUUACAGGCGGCAACGGAUAAAAUUGCUCCUGCUAUUCAAACGGUCAAUACAACAUUGAAAUCUCGUCUCGGAACGUUGAAAAAUUCAACCUUUUUCAAGACAUUUGAGAACACUCUUGGUUCAGGUGUUACUGCCGUUAAAUCGAAAAUAACACCCUCGAAAUCCGCCAUGAACUUUAAUGGCAAUGAUGAUAAUGAAUUUAGUCGCGGCGCUACUGGAGGAACUUUACCAUCAAGUGUGACACAUGAUGAACGUCUAAGUUUCGGUGGAGAUCUGGAUGAGAAGAAAGAUUUAACCAAAUAA